GGGCACGAGGCGCUCGCUCGCGCUGAGGCAGGAGCUGCCGCCGCCGCCAUUUUGGUUUCGCUGCUUCGGCUCUCUGAGAAGGGGCUGAAGCGGCGGCGGGCUAGUCCGGGUCCCGCCCUGGCCCCGUCCCUGAGGGCGGCCGGGAGGAUGCGGCGCGGAGGAACGCGGCCCCGGCCUUGGCCGUAUUGUCGCUGACACGUAUAAAAGAUGUGGUUGCAAGUUGUAGAAGAGAUUUUUCUGUGGAACAUACCUCUGUAAACCUUCCCUAAAAUCCCCUGAAGGCAUAUACUGCACCUGUGAUGGACCCUCAGAAUACUGCUAUGUUAGGGUUGGGUUCUGAUUCCGAAGGUUUUUCUGGCAAAAGCCCCUCUGCAGUCAACACUGACAUAGUGAUAGGCAAGAGAGAAGUAGAUCUAGAGAGUAGCACCAAGGAGGAAGAAGAUAUUAAGAAGAAGAACUGGGAGGGGAGCAACACUGAGACUGGGAAGAAUGAGGGUCUGACUGAUGCACAGCAAAAGUUUUCAGUGAAAGAAACAAAUUUUUCAGAGGGAAAUUUAAAAUUGAAAAUUGGUCUUCAAGCUAAGAGAACUAAAAAGCCCCCUAAGAAUCUGGAGAAUUAUGUGUGCCGGCCUGCCAUAAAAACCACUAUCAAGCAACCAAGAAAGGCAUCAAAGAGUGGGAAGAUGACAGAUGAAAAGAACGAACAUUAUCCUUCAAAACAAGACCCUUCAAAGUUUUGCAAGAAAGCUGGAGAAAUUGCAACAGUUGAAUUCCAUGCUGAGGAAGACAUACAAGGAGAAACCACUCCUGUACCUAAGAAGUUUUCUCCACUACCCACUGAAAUGACAGAUUAUGUGAAGUCAACUCCUCCUACUCUUGUUGAUAGCCGUGAUCCUGACUUGAAGGAUAGAGCACAAAUUAAUGGAGCAACAACUGUAACAGAAAAAUUGGCUCAACUUAUUGCAAUUUGCCCCCCCUCAAAGUCUUCCAAAACAAAGCAGAAGAAGCCAGGAACUGGAUCUCCAUCUGGGUUGGUUAAAAACUCUGGGAAGAAGCUACCAGGAACUGGAACUGCAGCUGUACUGGUUAACAAGGACUUAGUAAAGAAAUUUCCAGGAACUAGCAUUGCUGCUGGAUUGGUUAACAAGGACUCAGGGAAGAAGCCACUGGGGACUGGCACUGCAGCCAUAUUGGUUAACAAAGACUCUGGGAAGAAGCCACCAGGGAUUGGCUCUUUAGCUGGAUUAAUUAACAAGGACUGUGGAAAGAGGCCACCAGGGAUUGGCUCUCCAUCAGGAUUACUUAACAAGGACUCUGGGAAGAAGCAGCCAGUGACUAACUCUGUGGCUGGAUUAGUUAAUAAGGACUCUGUGAAGAAACUACCAGGGAUUGGCAACCCAACAGGAUUGGUUAACAAGGAGUUGGUGAAGAAGUCAUUGGGGAUUGGCACCCCAGUGGGAUUGGUUAACAAGGAGUUGGGGAAGAAGUUGCUGGGGAUUGGUACCCCAGUGGGAUUGGUAAAUAAAGAGUCAGGGAAGAAGCUACUGGGGAUUAGCACCCCAGCAGGAUUGAUUAACAAAGACUCUGGGAAGAAGCUGCUAGGGAUUGGCACCCCAGUGGGACUGGUUAACAAGGACUCUGGGAAGAAACUGCCGGGGAUUGGCACUUCAGCAGGAUUAAUUAACAAGGACUCUGGAAGUCUGAAAGCUGAUUCUCUCAGUCCUGCCUCGGAGCCCUUCAAGCUUUCUUGCAGUACAAACCUCAAUAAUCUUGAAAGCCAUGAGACUACAGAAUUACUGAAAGAUAAUAUCAGCAGUAAAACUUUUGAGAAACAUAUUAUAAGACAGAAUAAAGACAAUAUCUUGGAAAAGAUUUCAUUUCGAAAAGAGGUUGCUGGUAUAGACAAAGAAAUAUUUAAUGAAGGAACCUGUAUUCAGCAGGACAGUUUCCAAUCCAAUGAAAAGGGGACUUGUGAAACAUCUAAGCAUGAAAAGCAGCUUCCAGUAUAUUGCACUUCACCAGACUUCAGAACAGGAGGCGCUUCAGAUGUAUCUACAGCAAAGUCCCCAUUUAGUGCUGUUGGAGAAGGAAACCUCCCAUCACCCUCACCCACAGUGUCUGUUACUACCUUAAACAGGAGCCCCACAGCAACCUCCUCUCAGUUAGCUUCAAAUCCAUCACAUACAAGUACUACCACAACAGAUGUCUUAGAAGGAAUUUCUGAGCAGAUUGGGAAGACUCAGUUUUCUUCGGACAGUACACUUCUGAACCUGAACAGGUCAUUGAAUCACAGUCUGAGCACUGAUUUUAAAGGUGUGGAUAAAGAAUUAAAUGAUUCAAAAGCCACACACACAGACACCACAAGAACUAGUCCCUCCAUAGGGAAAAAAACCAGUCUGGCAACUGAAUCAAAUAUUCAUGCUACCAUCACCUCUUCAGUGGUUAGCUUCACAAGUUUGUUUAAUACCAAACAGUUUCUAAAGAUUGGUGCAAUAACUGCAUCAGGGAAACCUUGCCAAGGAGCUGAUGACCUGAGUGCUACUCAGUCAAAAUCUUUAAAGAAAAGAAAAGGAAGGAAACCACGAUGGACUAAAGUGGUGUCUAGAAACAUAUGUCAGCCUCCAAAGGGUCUAGAAUUAGAAAGGUCAGAGCUUUUUAAAAACAUUUCAUGCACUGCACUAUCAAACAGUAGUCUGGAGCAGGCUAAAUUCUUGAAAAAUAUAGGGUCAACUUCAUUUAUAGAUCAUGAAUUUGUCAAACAUCAGUUGCCAAAACUGAGCAAAUCUAGCAGCGGACAGUCUCUUGCUCUGUUAACUGAAGCUGACAAACAGACUAAAAAAUUCUAUAGUACUCACAAACAGCCUUCUAGUGUGUGUGUGUCAGGUGACAUCUUACCAGAAAUUUAUAAGCCCAAAAGAGGAAGGCCUAAAUCAAAGGAGAUGCCCCAGCUGGAAGGUCCCCCAAAGAGAACCCUAAAAAUUCCAGCAUCAAAAGUCUUCUCAGUGCAGUCAAAGGAAGAGCAAGAGCCUCCUGUUCUGCAGCCAGAGAUAGAAAUUCCCUCCCUAAAACAAAACUUAACAGGACAGACUUUUCCUAAGAAGAGAGGGAGACCUAAAAGACAGAUCAGAUCAGCUGUUAAAAUGAAACCACCUAUUCUGUCUGUGGCAUCUUUUGUUGCUACAGAUAAUUCAAACAAAAUGGAAUCUGAAAGUGAUCAGCAAUGUAGUGGGGAUUUUUUUGAGAGGAAGGACCAGGUCAGAGGUCCAGAGGAAGCUCAGAAAACGAUGUGUAGCAUGAGAGAUGUUGAGGUAGAAUCAGAUAGGAAAGUUACCAAGAGAAGUAAUGGGCAAUUAAUGAAAACAAUUAUCCGAAAAAUAAACAAAAUGAAAACUCUGAAGCGAAAAAAGCUUUUGAAUCAAAUCCUCUCUAGCACAGUGGAGCCAAAUAACAAAGGGAAAGUGCAAUCAAAACUCCACAAUACUGUGUCAACCCUUGCUGCCACAUUUGGUUCAAAAUUAGGCCAGCAGAUAAAUGUCAGCAAGAAAGGAACCAUUUACAUAGGAAAGAGGAGAGGUAGAAAACCUAAAGCUAUCCUAAAUGGUAUUUUAACUAGUAAUUCUGCCAGUUUAACUGUUCUUGAGAAUACUACCCAGCAAACAGCGGGGACAAUACUGGGACAAGUACUUCCUCCUUUGCUGCCUUCAGCAGCUAAUAAUUCAGAGGUUCUUCCAUCUCCAGUGUGCUCUCAGUCUUCUGCAGCAAGUGGGGGGCAGAGCCCUGUCAGCAGUGAUGCAGGAUUUGUUGAGCCCAGUUCAGUGCCAUAUUUACAUCUACACUCCAGACAAGGAAGUGUAGUUCAGACCCUUGCAAUGAAAAAGGCCUCCAAGGGAAGGAGGAGAUUAUCUCCUCCUACUUUACUGCCAAACUCUCCUUCUCACUUAAGUGAACUGACAUCUCUGAAGGAAGCCACUCCUUCACCAAUUAGUGAGUCUCACAGUGAUGAGACAGUUCCCAGUGACAGUGGAAUAGGAACAGAUAAUAACAGUACUUCAGACCGAGCAGAGAAAUUCUGUGGGCAGAAGAAGAAAAGACAUUCAUUUGAGCAUGUUUCCCUCAUUUCCCCUGAAACCUCAACAGUUUUAAGUAGCCUAAAAGAAAAACAUAAACAUAAAUGUAAGCGCAGGGGUCACGAUUACCUCAGCUACGAUAAAAUGAAAAGACAGAAGCGAAAAAGGAAAAAGAAAUAUCCUCAGCUCCGAGGUAGGCAAGACCCUGAUUUCCUUGCUGAGUUAGAGGAACUAAUAAGUCGUUUGAGUGAAAUUAGAAUAACCCACAGAAGUCAUCAUUUUAUACCCCGAGACCUACUGCCUACUAUUUUUAGGAUAAACUUCAAUAGCUUCUAUACUCAUCCAACAUUUCCUUUAGAUCCUUUGCACUACAUUCGAAAACCUGAUUUAAAGAAGAAGAGAGGCAGACCCCCCAAGAUGCGGGAGGCUAUGGCAGAAAUGCCUUUCAUGCAUAGUCUUAGUUUUCCUCUUUCCAGUACUGGAUUCUAUCCCUCUUAUGGCAUGCCUUAUUCUCCUUCUCCCCUUGCAGCUACUCCAAUAGGAUUAGGUUAUUAUGGAAGGUAUCCUCCAACUCUUUAUCCUCCACCACCUUCUCCUUCUUUUACUACCCCACUGCCACCACCUUCUUACAUGCAUACAGGCCAUUUACUUCUUAAUCCCGCCAAAUACCACAAGAAGAAGCAUAAGCUUCUACGUCAAGAAGCCUUCCUCACAACUAGCAGGACUCCACUCCUCUCUAUGAGCACCUACCCCAGUGUUCCACCUGAAAUGGCUUAUGGCUGGAUGCUUGAACAUAAACACAGACAUCGUCAUAAACAUAGAGAACAUCGUUCUUCAGAGCAACCACAGGUUUCCAUGGACACUAUAACAGCUAACAGCUCUUCCAGAACAGUCCUGGAAUCCUUGAAGCGCUACAGAUUUGGGAAGGAGGCUGUUGGUGAGAGAUAUAAACAUAAAGAGAAGCACAGAUGUCAUAUGUCUUGUCCACACCUUUCACCUUCAAAGGGUUUGCUAAGCAGAGAGGAACAGUGGGUCAGGAGAGAGCCUUCAGAGUCUAAUUCAUUAGCAUUGGGAUUACAGACACCAUUACAGAUAGACUGUUCUGAAAACUCUGCAGGUCUGUCCUUGGGAGGAUUUACCCCUAGCUCUGAGCCAGCUACCAGUGAUGAACACACAAAUCUUUUCACAAGUGCAAUAGGCAGCUGCAGAGUCACUAACUCUACCAGCACUAGUGGACGUAAAAAGUUAAUUGACAGCCCUGGACUCUUCAGUGCACAGGAGGCUUCACUCAGCCGACCUCUCAGAAAGGACCCAUUGCCUUCUUUUGAAAAGGCACUACAGUCACUAUCAGGCACCCUGCCAGCACAGGACAAGCCCUCCCAGAGACAGCCAGAGAGCACAAAUUGCAGUCCUUCCAGGAAGAGAUCUACUUCUGAGAGCACGUCUUCUACAGUGGUUGGAAUACCCACACGAGGAACAAAACUGGGGAUUGCUGUAGAUGAUUCAGUGGAUAGUUUACUGCAGCGCAUGGCACAACAUGACAGCCAGGCUGCACUGGACAAAACCAUAGAAGCAGUCAUUGCAAAUGUAUCUGUUCCACCUUCAGCUAGCCCUGGUCGAAACCACAACAGGGAGAGAAGCCUGGGAAAACAGGACAGUCUGUUAGUUCCUGCAGUUCCAAGUGACUCUUGCAAUGAUGGCAUCUCACUUCUUUCAGACAGAUUACCAAGCAGCUACUCCCCACAUCAUCUGAAGAGAAGUGUGGUUGAAGCUAUGCAGCGACAGGCUAGAAAAAUGUGUAGUUACAAGAUCUUGGCAACCAAGAAAAAUCUGGACCACGUCAAUAAAAUUCUAAAAGCCAAAAAGCUGCAAAGGCAGUCACGGACAGGGAAUAACUUUGUGAAGCGCAAGCCAGGCAGGCCCCGGAAAUACCCACUACAGGCUGUAGUUUCAAUGCAGGCUUUCCAGGCAGCUCGGUUUGUCAGUCAGGAGUUAGAGGGAAGGAAAGAGAGCAACACUUUACACCUUGGACCUGAUACUAUCACAGAUGUAAUCGAGGCUGUAGUACAGAGUGUGAACUUGAAUGCAGAGCACAGAAAAGGAUGGAAGAGGAAGAGAUGGCUUGCAGAGGAACAGGCCAGGAAAAGACAGAAGUCUGUACCAGAAGAUGAGCAGGAGAGUAAUAAAAGCUUUUCUGAGACAUCAACUGAAUCACCUAGUCACCUAGAAGCCAUUGAGAAGGCGCAUGAAUCUGAAAACACUGAGCAGCAUUUGCCUACUUUUACCCAGCGUGAGAAAAAGGCUCCUAGGCCCCCAAAGAAGAAGUACCAGAAGGCGGGGCUGUACUCUGAUGUGUACAAAACAACAGACCCAAAGAGCCGCCUAAUCCAAUUAAAGAAAGAGAAGCUGGAGUACACUCCUGGAGAGCAUGAACAUGGAUUGUUCCCAGCUCCUAUUCAUGUUGGGAAGUAUCUGAGACAGAAGAGAAUAGAUUUCCAGCUGCCCUACGACAUCCUCUGGCAGUGGAAACAUAAUCAGUUGUACAAAAAGCCAGAUGUCCCACUUUAUAAAAAAAUCCGUUCUAAUGUCUAUGUGGAUGUUAAGCCUCUUUCUGGCUAUGAGGCCACCACCUGCAAUUGUAAGAAACCAGAUGAUAGCAAUGGAAAGGGCUGUUUAGAUGACUGUCUUAACAGAAUGAUCUUUGCUGAGUGUUCCCCUAACACUUGCCCUUGUGGUGAACAGUGUUGUAACCAGAGGAUUCAGAGGCAUGAGUGGGUGCAGUGUCUGGAAAGAUUCCGUGCUGAAGAAAAAGGAUGGGGUAUUCGCACCAAAGAGCCCCUGAAAGCAGGACAGUUUAUCAUCGAAUAUUUGGGAGAAGUUGUUAGUGAACAAGAAUUCAGGAACCGGAUGAUUGAACAGUACCAUAAUCACAGUGAUCAUUAUUGCCUGAACUUAGACAGUGGGAUGGUGAUUGACAGCUAUCGCAUGGGCAACGAGGCUCGAUUUAUCAACCACAGCUGUAAUCCUAACUGCGAGAUGCAGAAAUGGUCUGUUAAUGGUGUCUACCGGAUUGGGCUGUAUGCACUUAAGGACAUGCCUGCUGGUACUGAACUGACUUACGACUACAAUUUUCACUCAUUUAAUGUUGAAAAACAGCAACUCUGCAAGUGUGGUUUUGACAAAUGCAGAGGAAUAAUUGGGGGCAAGAGUCAGCGAAUGAAUGGACUCUCAGGCAAAACUACCCAGCCUGUCACCACACACAGAAGGCCUGGACGAUCGAAAGAGAAGAGAAAGUCAAAGCACAAACUAAAGAAGGGGAGGGGCCACAUUCCAGAGGAGACUAGUGAAAGUGUGAACACGCCAAACAGGCUGACCCCACAGCUUCAGAUGAAGCCCAUGUCCAACAGAGAAAGGAAUUUUGUGCUAAAACGUCAUGUUUUUCUGGUACGGAAUUGGGAGAAGAUUAGGCAAAAACAAGAGGAAGUGAAACAUGUCAGUGACAACAUCCACUCCGCAUCAUUAUAUAAUCGCUGGAAUGGAAUCUGCCGCGAUGACGGCAACAUCAAAUCUGAUGUCUUCAUGACACAGUUCUCAGCCCUCCAAACCUCCCGUUCUGUGCGAACACGGCGCUUGGCUGCAGCUGAAGAGAACAUUGAAGUGGCUCGUGCUGCACGCCUUGCACAAAUCUUCAAGGAAAUCUGUGACAGCAUCAUCUCCUACAAAGACUCUUCCAGGCAGGCUCUCGCAGCUCCACUGCUGAACCUUCCUCCUAAGAAAAAAAAUGCAGAUUACUAUGAGAAGAUCUCUGACCCCCUGGACCUUGCCACCAUUGAGAAGCAGAUCUUGACUGGGUAUUAUAAAACUGUGGAAGCUUUUGAUGGGGACAUGCUGAAGGUCUUCCGGAAUGCUGAGAAAUACUAUGGCAGGAAGUCUCCGAUUGGACGUGACGUGUGCCGACUACGGAAGGCAUAUUACAAUGCUCGCCAUGAGGCUUCUGCCCAGAUCGACGAAAUUGUGGGGGAGACAGCAAGCGAAGCCGACAGCAGUGAGACGUCCAUCUGUGAGAAGGAGAAUGGGCAUGAGAAAGAUGAGGAUGUAAUCCGCUGCAUCUGUGGCCUUUACAAAGAUGAAGGACUCAUGAUCCAGUGUGACAAGUGCAUGGUUUGGCAGCACUGCGAUUGCAUGGGUGUGAAUUCUGAUGUUGAACACUACUUGUGUGAACAGUGUGACCCUCGAUCUGUGGACAGGGAGGUCCCCAUGAUUCCUCGUCCCCAUUAUGCCCAGCCUGGCUGUGUUUAUUUCAUCUGUCUGUUACGGGAUGACCUGUUGCUGCGCCAAGGUGACUGCGUAUAUCUGAUGAGAGACAGCCGAAGAACUCCAGAUGGGCACCCUGUCCGGCAGUCCUACCGGCUGCUGUCCCACAUUAACAGAGAGAAACUCGAUAUCUUCCGCAUAGAAAAACUUUGGAAAAAUGAAAAAGAGGAGCGGUUUGCAUUUGGUCAUCAUUAUUUCCGUCCACAUGAAACCCACCACUCCCCUUCCCGAAGGUUUUAUCACAAUGAGCUGUUCCGGGUGCCACUGUAUGAGAUUAUCCCCUUAGAAGCUGUGGUGGGGACUUGCUGUGUGCUGGACCUCUACACCUACUGUAAAGGGAGGCCAAAAGGAGUGAAGGAGCAGGAUGUGUAUAUCUGUGAUUACCGCCUUGAUAAAUCAGCCCACCUCUUCUAUAAAAUCCACCGGAAUCGCUAUCCUGUCUGCACCAAGCCGUAUGCCUUUGACCACUUCCCCAAGAAACUCACACCCAAGAGAGACUUCUCACCUCAUUAUGUACCAGACAACUACAAGAGAAAUGGAGGCAGAUCAUCAUGGAAGACAGACCGCUCAAAGCCACAGAUCAAAGACCUGAACCAAGAAGAAGAUCCUCUUCCACUCAUUGAGGAUGUGCUAGCAAGCCAAGAACAAGCUUCAAAUGAGAUGCGCAGCCUGGAAGAGCCAGAGAGAGAGGCAGUCUCUAGUGAGGGCUGUGAGAAUGAUAAAAAGGUGGAGGAAAGUAACUCUGUCACAAGGCAACUGUGCACUCCAGAGGAAAGGCGGCAUAUUCAGAGAGAGAGACUUAAUCAAAUCCUGCUCAACCUCUUAGAGAAAAUCCCAGGGAAAAAUGCUAUUGAUGUCACUUACCUGCUGGAGGAAGGAUCAGGAAGAAAACUGAGGAGGCGUACUCUCACCAUCCUGGAGAGCAGCUUCAGGAAGUGAUGUCCCAGCAGCAGACUUUGAUCUGGAGUCCACUACCAGGUCUGCUAGAGACUGAUGGGGAAACCCCCUCCUUCCUGUACAACCAAGGAGAGAUGGGUAGAAGAAAACUGACAUAAAUACAGUUAGCACUUAGAAGUCGGGGCAGGCAGGUGGCCCUGCCUUGCUCUGCAGUGCUCUUAUGGUGUGUGUGUUGUUGGGCGUGCCUUGUAUUGAUGUUAGGUACUGAGAAAACCUUGUGAUUAUUUGUCCAAGAUGGUCAGAUUUAAUUUAUUUUUGCUUAAUGUCCCCACUUGGCGGGAAAAAGAGGGGGUAAAUAGAAGGAUGAGGACUGAUUUACUCUGAUGAGAAUAUUCCCCAUACAGACCAGUUGUCCUAUGAUUGUACAAGAUACCGUUGGCACUGCCAGAGGCAUGUACCAAUGUAUGAAGUCCGUAGGGAGGGUGAAGGCCCAAUGGAUUAAAAUAAAGGCUGUCCUAAAGGAGCGGCCUCAGUUUUGCACAAGUUCAGAGAGGAAAGAAAUGUACCAGGAUGUAUAAAAGGUUCACCGUGUAACGGCCAGUGCCCAGAUGCUCCUUUAAUCGGUAGAGAGGAAAAGCCCCCAGUCAGCUCAGAGUGAAACAAGAGUUGGUUGUUCGAAGCACUUGUUGUUCCGCAUCCUGAAAUGGGGGUGUGUAAUUUUUCACAUUUUUUCUGCAGAGAAAUUUUAUAAAGCGAGUCGAAUCCUGACGACACCAUUGCUGUUGUUUUUUUUGAUAAGCUGUGGUUCUUGUGUGUCCAAUGUGUUGUGCAAAUGAAAAUCUGUUAAAAGAAGAUAAAAAAAGAAACCUUCACUACAUGAACCGUCAAGCAGUAUUCAGAGCGAGUAUUUGUUGUGAACUGUAGAAUAUAUCAACUAAUAACACUAUUCUUGUGUUCUAACUGUACAGCUUAAAACGUCUGUCUCUUAAAGAGACAGUGUAUUUUACCACUCCCUCUCUCUGCCGUUAUGAAAGUGUUGCUCCAAAGGCUACAGCCAAGGCGCUAACUUUUCACUGCAUGAAAUUGUGAUUGCCAUAGUUUGCCAUAAACUAGUGCUGUACUGGGAUCCCCUGUAUUUCAACAUGUAACCUUCCCCAAUAGCCAGUGCCGUGAAGCUGUCAUCUGUCUCUGGGUCAGGCCCUGCUAGUGGCAAAGGGAGGGGGCAGUAGGCAUACACUGCCCCUUUAAAAUAGCUUUGCUUUUUUGUCUUUCAGACGUACAUAUGCAUAUACAGUCCUGUUUUAGAUGUUCUUAUAAGAAAAACCAGUUUUUAAUGUGCCAAGUUGUAUAUAUCUGCUGCGUGGAUGUAAAGCAAUACGGUAGUUACAUGUUCCUUUUUAAUGGACCAAGCUUGUCCUAAUGUACAUUCUUGUUAUUAUUAUAAUUAUUAUUUUACUCUUAGUGGAACAUGACUCAUUCCAUUAACUUUUAUGUGUUGAUUUAAAAAGAAAAAAAAAGAAAGGAAAAAACCCUUUGAGGAAAAAAAUAUUUUAUUAAAAAAAAAAGAAAUAAGAAAAUAGUUUGGAAUAUUUUCUUACUGUAGAGAAGCACUGUACAGUACCAGGAACCCUGAGUAUAAAAUACUCAUGCGUGUAGUAGGAAUAUCGCAUGUCCAAAAUUUUGGGUUGUCUCAUUUAGUUAAUAACAGAAAUCAUUGUCUCAAACGGUGUUAAACACUAAAAACUUUUUAAAAAAUAAAGUGCGUACAGAAGCAAGACACUAGCUCUGUCAUUUUAUCUUUCUUUUGUUGAAAGACUAAACAAAAUGUUUUUUAGACAAUCAAAUGUUAGGUAAGUGCAAAGAAUUGUUUUUCUUACUGGUGUAGAAAUUAAUGACUUUUUUUAUUUUUUGGUUAUUUUAUAAUAAUGAGAAGACCAGUGUGUCACCAGGAUCGCUGUUUUAAGACCAGGAAGCACUACAUUAUUGCAAAUAGAUAUGAACUCUUAGUCUGCAUGGGUGUAGGCUGUGUGAUUGCUGAAAAUAAAUGCUGCUAAUAUAUUUCCUUUUUACAAAAGCAUAUCUAAAUAGAUCAUUGUUUUGAUGUUAAUCUUUGUAAAUUAUGUAUUACCAAUUUUAACAUUGGAUGUAAUUGCAUAAAAAGCCUGCAUCUCAAUCCUGAGAGAGUCUAGUAUUAAAUGGAAAAACUUUUCCUAUUAA